AUGCCUCCGAAAAUGGCACGCCAAUCACAAGUCCCACCUCAGACCCUUUCGCCCACCAACUUGGGCGCUUACGGCACGCCUUCGCCGAGCCUGCCGGCGGGCUCUUCCGCCGGCGCCGCAGCCAAGCCACCCGUCAACAUAGCUGACCUGUGGGCGCAGCUAGCAGCGGCGUCGCCAACCGGCGGAGGCCGCGAUCGCUCCUCGCCGGCCGGGGACGUCCUGCGCGCAAACCACACCAACGCUGAGUUUAACGUGCUCCUGGCCGAGGGCCGAAAGUACAGGGACGACUUCCAGGCGCAGCACGGCGCCAAGCCCGCCAGCACGUUCUUGUACAACGUGACGGCAGAAAUACACGAGGGCGACAUGCCGGACAAAGCGACGGCAACGCACACGACAAUCAUGCAGCUGUGGAUCGCGGCUGCCGGCAGCCUGCGUGUGGAUACCGCCAUUGCGCUGAUCUAUGAUUACGGCAUGGAUGCCGGCACCGUCCUCAAAGCGGACCAAGACUUCGCGCUCUCGGUGCUGACGGCCGCGCAGCAGGCGCGAGCGUCGGGCGCCCUCCUGGCCACAACCACGCCAGCCAAGCGAGCCGCAACCAGCCCUGCCGAGCCACAUUCCAGUGCCCCCGCCCGCACGGUAUACGUCGGCCAGUCCCGGGACCCUCAACGGCGCUUCCAAGCUCAUGCCCGCAACCCACCCAGCCGGAUGAAGGACGACGCCCGCUGCUACCAACCCUUCCGAGACCACUUCACCCUCACACGCCUCAUGUCCACCGCCAAUCCUGCUCUGGCCCAAAAGAUGGAGGCCCUCUACAUCGCGCAGUUCAAGGCCCGGGGGCCGGGCGGCUACAAUGUGCUGCAUGGGCCGCCUUCUGCCAGCCCGGCCUUCUACGCGAUGAGCCGGCAACGCGCCGGCAGCACCCACACGCCCACCGCCGUCACAGUCCAAGACGAUGACGCCCCAGCCACGCUUGCCUAG